CAUUGGUGAGUACUGGGUUCUUUGUUAGUCAUAACACCCGUUAGCCGGUGGAAAGUCAAUUGUUAACCACGGUGUAGGAUAUGGAUGGUUUCGCUAGGGAACAUUCGUUGUAUUGUUACGAAAUUGCAUCAACUUACGACCCGGGUCUCUCAUAUGCCUAUCCUACGCCGGGUUCUCUGUUGCCUCUGUCUUCAGCAAAUGGAUACGUAGAAAAUGGAAGUGACAUCUCAGGAUACCUGGAGCCUCCCACCCCGACGCAAGCAGCAGCUUCAGUACACUGGGCCCCCUCAUUGGUACCGACGUAUACUGGCGAGCUGUCAACAGUUAUCCCAUCCCCUCAAACACUAGAUACUGAGCUCGUCAACGCCAGUGACUGCUUUGCAUCAACUCAUUCAUCUCAGGAACCAGAUGCAUCUGAGAUACCUGAAACUCUUGAGAGCAGUAUUUCCAGCAUCGUCGACGAUUCUACUCAGCAAUUCCCAGCUUAUCAGUCGCCGGCUUAUAGCUCUGAUCCGGUGUCUCUGGAAGAAGGUUAUGCAGCGUAUGAGAACGACAGUCUAAGGUAUCGGGAGUCAACUUACCUUACCCAGAACAUCCGCUACGACGGGUCAGCCAGUAGCAGCGUUCUUCGCGGUGCUUACCCUAGCAAUUCCGGCUAUCUAGGUGAUAGCACUGGCACAGACUUUACCCCAGAUGCUUAUUAUCCUUGUUCCACUUAUGCUAGCGGGGAUAUUGCUGACUAUCUUCCUGGUGCCAAUACUCAUCCUAUUGCAUCUAGCUACCCCAGCGUUGAAAACAGUCCGACCAAUACUGGAGCUUACCCUGCGCAGAUAGAGGUUUCACUGGCAGACCAGGCUCCAGUAUCGGUGCACACCACGUCGCCACCAUACCGGUGCGACGAAUGUAAUACAAAUUUCCGCAGCCUUGGGGAAAUGAAAAGGCACCUCAAGACGGUUAAAGCCCACAAGAACGAGACAACCCCGAACUACCACUGCUUCUGCAAUAAAACUGAUACCCGCAAAACAAAUCACCAACGUCAUGUCAGAAAAUGUCGCCGGCCCCAUGUCACUCAAUUCAUUUGCAUAUGUGGCAGGCUGUCCAGUCACCAAGAUGAUCAUGUGGCGCAUAUCAAGGGUUGCAACCCGAAGCGCCAACGUCGACAAUUCAUUGCUUCUUAGGUGGAAACAUGGGCCCAGACUUUGUCGAAGCGAUUUCGCGACCUCAUGAUUUGGUAAUUUCGUCUUGAUCUUUUUCUUUUGUCUGCUUUUUGGUCGAUUUCGCAACUAGUUAGGCCGCGUUAGCGGCACCUCGCAGAGGGGCAGUGCUAAUAAGUCUCCCCUACCAUUCCG